GAUGACAUUAUGCGCGCCAACUUGCGCAUUUACCGCCAAGUUCGGCUUCGGGUAGCUCGUUCGGUAUCAUGUCUCCUGCUUGCAAUAAUAACGUGAUUCAAAUGCAACAAGCUGUCCCCUGGAUAAGGGACCUUGGUUGCUUGCUGUCGUCCGCCCAACUUGCUGCUUACACCGUUCAUGACUUGCUACAAAUACAAUUAAUCAUCGACUAGUCCUCUAUCCGUUACUCUCAGGCUCAUAUACUAUACUACCUCUGCCUUUGAUCAUGAACACCGUCCUCAGGGAAGCAAUACCAGAGGCCCUCCUCAUACAGGGUGCUCCAAACAAUCCGUCUUCCACCAUGGAGAUGCACCCUUUAAAAUCCCCAGCAAGCACAUCAAAGCAAAGCACCUCAUCGCAAAAGCCCAAAUCCCCUCCAAAUGAUGGAAUCCCAACAGCAACAGAACCAGAACCCCCCCGAGGUUCACCCUCCCGCAACGUCUCCAUAGCAAAAAGCAUCACCGUAAUCAUCACCCUCGCCGGCAUAAACUUCCUAAACACAAUGGGCUCCGGCAUCCUCAUCGCCGCCCUCCCGCGCAUAGCCCAAGACGUCGGCCUCGACGAGAGCCUCAUCCUCUGGCCCGCCGCCGUCUACAACCUCGCCGCCGGUUGCCUCCUCCUCAUCUUUGGCGCCGUCGCCGACGUCGUGGGCGCCAAGCUCAUGUGGCUGACGGGCAGCUACCUCUGCGUCGUCUUCACCGUCGCCGUCGGCCUUUCCAGGACGGGGAUCCAGAUUAUUCUCUUCCGCACCGCCGUUGGGAUUUCCAUCUCGGCAUGUCUGCCCACGGCCAUGGCUUUUAUUACAAAGACGUUUCCCAAGGGCGGGUGGCGGAAUGUUGCGUUCUCGAUGAAUGGGAUUGGAUUCCCGCUUGGGUACGCGCUCGGUCUGGUUUUGGGAGGCAUCUUCACCGAUACCAUCGGCUGGCGUUGGGCAUAUUACCUGAUGGCCAUCAUCAACUUUGCUCUGUCGACCGCGGCUGUAUGGUCCCUGCCCUCGAUUCACCAGCCGUCUGAAAAGAAGUGGACGCGCCGCUUAGCGGAGGAUAUUGACUGGAUAGGAGCCGCCAUUAUGAGCGCUGCGCUAGGUUUGCUGCUCUAUGUGCUGGCGAUGACUACUUCUUCGUACACAAAAAUUGCUGACCCUACUAACAUCGCCCUCCUGGCCGUAGCAGUAGCCUUGCUGGUCGCGUUUCCCGUUUGGAAGAAUUUUCAGACUAAAAGGGGUCGUCCGGUGCUCAUUCCGAAUCGUUUGUGGCGAAACGCUGCCUUCACGUCAAUUUGUGUGUCCAUCUUUUUAUGCUGGGCUUCUCUCAAUGCGAUCCAGUAUUUCAUCAUGCUUUACUUCCAAAAAGUCCAGGGCAUCUCCGCACUGCAAAGCUCCCUUCGGUUCCUGCCUCAUGUCGUCAUGGGCACUCUCGUCAACAUAGCAGCAGCAUGGCUCGUCUCGCGGAUAAAGGUCCAGACUCUAGGCGCCGUAUCUGCAGUUAUAACAGCCGCGGCGCCAAUCCUCAUGGCCACAGUCAGCCUCGAUGGAAAUUACUGGUUUGCGCCAUUCUGGGCCAUGGUACUCUCGCCAGUGAAUGCAGAUGCCCUCUUCACCGUCUCGAACCUAAUCGUCUCCGACGCCUUCCCAGCAGACGUACAAUCCCUCGCCGGCGGCGUCUUCAGCGAGAUUGGACAGAUCGGCAACGCGGUCGGUCUCGCCGUAACAGCAGCCAUCGCAGCCUCCGUGACGGAGCACUCGGCUGUCGUCCGCGACGAUGCAAGGGAGGCCCGUAUGGAAGGGUACCGCGCCGCAUUCUGGACCAUCUUCGCCGCCACGGUUGCGGUGCUCGUCAUUGUGGUCGGAGGGCUUCGAAAGGGUGGUACGGUUGGGAAGAAGGAUGACUAGACGAUGCUGCUGUUAGACAUACCUAAAGUAGCGUGAGAACGCUUUGGAAACGGCUACGCUUAGGUUUUGAGGGGGCCACCGCCGUUGCCGCCGUCUAGUACGGCUAUGCAUGUCUGGGACAGAGUAUCGCUCAAAUUAGCAACUUGUGCAAUAC